AAGGAAAGAGGGAAGGAGGGGGGAAGGGAUCAGGGAUUUACUUUCAGGGCUUCGUGGGCGAAGAGAGAGAAAGCAAAGCAAGGGAAGGGAAGAAGGAAGGAAGGAAAGAAGGGGCCGCGCUUGUUCUCUGCCUCCUCCUCCUCCUGAAGGCGUCACGGGAGAGAGCUUGUCCCGGGACGGAAGCGAGGCUGCGGCGGGCAUGGCGAGUCCUUGCCUGUCGCUGUCCCUUUGGGGGCUGCUGCUCCUGCCGCUCCUGCUGCUGUGCGCCCUGACCCUCCGCGCCGCGCCGGCCCCCCGCCCGGGGGAGUUCUGGCAUAUCACUGAUUUACACUUGGACCCCAGCUACCACAUUUCAAGGAAUCACACUCGGGUAUGUGCCUCUUCCAAAGGAAAAAAUGCCUCCAACCCUGGCCUAUUUGGAGAUUUUAUGUGUGAUUCUCCAUAUCAACUUAUUUUAUCAGCUUUGCAGUACAUAAAAGAUUCUGAUCAACAGGCAUCUUUCAUGAUAUGGACAGGAGACAGUCCUCCUCAUGUUCCAGUGAAAGAGCUGUCCACAAAAAUAGUCAUCGACAUUAUUGGUAACUUGACUUCUACCAUAAGAAGCUUUCUCCCAGAUCUCCAGGUUUUUCCUGCAUUGGGAAAUCAUGACUAUUGGCCACAGGAUCAGAUGCCCGUGUCUGCCAAUGAAGUUUACAAUGCUGCAGCAAAUUUCUGGAGACCUUGGCUUACUGAUGAAGCUGUCAAUACCUUAAGAAAAGGUGGUUUUUAUACACAGAUAUUUCAUCCCAACUCAUCUGCUCAGCCUCUUAGGAUAAUAAGUUUAAAUACAGUCUUAUACUAUUCUCCUGACAAUAUGACUCUGAAUAUGACAGAUCCAGCAAACCAGUUUGAAUGGCUGGAAAAUGUACUAGAAACAGCGGAACAGAACAUGGAAAAGGUGUAUGUGAUAGGGCAUGUACCAGUAGGCUAUCUGCCUUAUAUGCGAAAUAUUACUGCCAUGAGGAAACACUACAAUGAGAGGUUGAUAGAAAUCUUUCGGAGACACAGCAGUGUUAUCGCUGGCCAGUUUUUUGGGCACACUCACAGAGACAGUGUCAUGGUUCUCCUGGAUGAAAAGGGAAAACCUAUAAACUCCUUGUUUGUGGCACCUGCCGUGACACCAGUGAAGGAUGCCUGGGAAGCAGACACAAACAACCCAGGAGUGAGACUAUUCCAAUAUGAUCCUUCUUCAUAUAGUCUACUGGAUCUUUGGCAGUUCUAUUUGAACCUCACAGAAGCCAACAUGAAAAAUGAAUCAGUCUGGAAGCUUGAAUAUGUUAUGACCAAAGAUUAUGGAAUGGAGGACUUAAUGCCAGAAAGCCUUUAUGAAAUGACAAAUCGAUUGAGUGCACCACAUAGCACAUUAUUUCAAAAAUAUUACUACUAUUAUUUUGUGAGUUAUGAUGAUCCACAUUUGUUUUGUGCAAAGCACUGUAAAAUCAGCCAGCUGUGUGCAAUCAAACAUUUAGACUUAUCUUCCUAUAUAGAUUGUAUUGAACAUGAAGACAAAUUGCAACAUGGAGAAUAGGAACUAUUCACUCUUAAGAAAUGGUGCACUCUAAACUCAGUUCGGAUAUAACAAGUAAAUUGCAUUUAUUAGGUUGAGAACAAGUGUUGUGUCCUUGUUACUUCCCUCCCUUUCAUGUGCCAGAUUUUGUUGUGCUUUGUGUAGACCACAGCCUUCUGUUACAUUCAACUGAUCCUGAUUAAGAGUACAUGACAAUUUUCCAUUUUAGAUAUAACAGAAAACUGAUUUCAACAAGAAGAUACUGGAAGUCUGAAUCCUGUGUGCAUAAGGAGAAACAUGCAGGCACAGCAUUAGUUCUUUCACCUUAAAAUCUAUCUUCAUAAGAUGAUAAUUCAGAAUAAAGUAAUUGUUUAGGUAACUGUGCCACAUGGGAACACAUGCUUAAAGACCACAGCCUUACAGUAAAAUAAACUAGUACUGGAUAUUCCUGUUUCAAUGAAGUCCAGGCUAAGCAGUAAUUCAGACUAAAAAAAAUUGGAUGCAUACUGUGCCAGGAUAAUCACACCACUUGCAUAGUUAUAGUAUGAACACAGAUUUAAUUUGCCACCAAGACUAUGUAGGACUAUGAUUUCACUUAAUCCUUCAAAUGGCCAUAAAGGAACAGUCAGUCAGAAAAUUCUUUAAGCAGGCGGUGGCAUUCAUUCUGUGAUGUUAACAUUCAAAUCAUUUCCUCCAGACAGAAUACCCUCAUUUAUUGGAAACCAAAGCAGAAUGCUUAUGAGGCUGCACCUUGCAAUAUUUUCAUUUUUGCUCACACAAAAAUUCAAUUUCUGCUUAUUUUAAAAAGCAAAUAGGAGAAAUUAAAACCCCUACUAAUGUAGUCUAGAGAAUGAAACAUCUAACAAUCAGAAAUAAUGCAAAAGCUAACAAUGUACAAUGAAAAAGGCAAGAGUUUCUUGAUAUUGAAUUCUGUUUCUAAAUGCUAAAGGCAAUGCAAUUAGGUUUAUUUUUCAUCUCAAUUUUAAAAGUGUUUUGUAUGUAUAUAACAGUGACUCAAGGAAGUGUGCCAAAUAUUGGAAAUUUUCAGUAUCAAUAAAGGUGUAUGAACCAGAACAAGA